CACAGAACUUCCUUUACGUUGUGGAAAGCCGUGUGCUUUACGUCGUGUUGAACGAAAUACCGUCUUUUAUAUCCGGUAAAAUUAAGAGGAAUCCUCUUGAUUUCAAAUUAGGAAAAUGGUUCAGAAGAAGCCAAAGAAGAAGGUAGGAAAGAAGGUAGCUGCCGCACCAUUGGCAGUAAAAAAAGUUGAACCAAAAAAAGUGACCAAUCCAUUGUUUGAAAAACGGACACGCAACUUUGGUAUUGGUCAGGACAUUCAGCCUGCACGUGACUUGAGCAGAUUUGUAAGAUGGCCCAAGUAUAUACGUAUACAACGACAAAGGGCUGUCCUACAAAAGAGAUUGAAAGUACCACCAACUAUCAAUCAAUUUACUCAAACGUUGGAUAAGCAAACGGCAACACAACUCUUCAAAGUGUUGGAAAAAUAUAGGCCUGAAACCGCAACCAUGAAGAAGGCUAGGCUAAAAGCGAGAGCGGAACAAAAAAUUGCAAAGAAAGAAGAUACACCAACGAAAAGACCGAAUGUAAUCCGCAGUGGAACAAAUACGGUAACCACGCUAGUCGAGCAAAAGAAAGCUCAGUUGGUUGUUAUUGCACAUGAUGUGGACCCUAUUGAGAUCGUAUUAUUCCUCCCUGCCUUGUGCCGUAAAAUGGGUGUCCCAUACUGUAUCAUCAAAGGCAAAGCGCGUUUGGGACGUUUGGUUCGACGCAAGACCUGCACAGUGAUUGCCCUUACUCAGGUGGAUUCUGGCGAUAGAGCUAAUUUCGCCAAAAUCGUUGAAGCCAUUAAGACGAACUUCAACGACCGGUAUGAUGAGAUAAGGCGUCAUUGGGGCGGUGGGAUAUUGGGAAGCAAGUCCGCGGCAAGAAUAGCUAAAUUAGAAAAAGCUAAAGCCAAGGAACUUGCUCAGAAGCAAGGUUAAUAUUACCUGUGUCUUCUGGAAAACCAAUAAAGAAAAUAAAACACA